GGAACUGCUGAGCGCGGCUGGUCGGGUCUCUGGGAGGCUGAGGGGCGGCGGUACUGGCUCCCGCAGCCCAGUCAGCCGUACCCCGGCUGCGGAGGGGACGUGCCGGGGUGAGCGUCACCCAGUGACUGUUUCCAAAGUGGGAGCACCACACCAGCGUCGCAGACUCGGUGCAGCCGGCGCUCCGGGCCCGGGGCUGCCCCGCCCGGCCGGAUCUGAGGGCGCCGGGUAGGCCCCCGGGGGCCGGGGAAGCCUGGGUGCUGAGAGCCAUUGAUGAAAAAGGAUGACAGUGAAGUUGGGAGACGGCGGCGGCGGGGAGGAAGGGCUCAAGAGGCUGGGCAAGAGGGCAGCCGAUGAGGACGCACUGGAGGGAGAGGGGGCCGGUGGUGGGGACGCGGCCGAAGACAGCGGUGGCACAAAGAGGGACAGCAAGACCCCCCGAGGCGGCGGCCCCCCGGCCCCCGAGGGCGGCCCACAGGCCCCGUCCCCACCGCCCUCCUGCCCCCAGGACCAGCACCACUUCCUACGGUCCAGCGUGAGGCCACAAAGCAAAAGGCUCAGGAAGGACUCGUCAGGCGCCGGGGGGAGCAGCAGCGCCAGCAGCUCUGGGCCUCGCGGAAAAGGAGCUGAUGGUGGCGGAUCAUCAUCUGGAAAUGGGUCUGGGGUUGCCCCUGCUGCUCCUGCAGGGGCCUCUCGCUCCUCCUCCCGGAACCUCGGAUCUUCUGGCGGUGAGAAGGAAGAAGGCAAAAAGGUCCGUCGGCAGUGGGAGUCAUGGAGCACCGAGGACAAGAACACUUUUUUUGAGGGACUGUAUGAGCAUGGGAAAGACUUUGAAGCGAUCCAGAACAACAUAGCCCUCAAGUAUAAGAAGAAGGGCAAGCCCGCCAGCAUGGUGAAGAACAAGGAGCAGGUGCGGCAUUUCUACUACCGCACAUGGCACAAGAUCACCAAGUACAUCGACUUUGACAAUGUGUUCUCUCGAGGGCUGAAGAAGUCAUCCCAGGAGCUGUAUGGUCUGAUCUGCUAUGGGGAGCUACGCAAGAAGAUCGGGGGCUGUAUGGAUGACAAGAAUGCCACAAAGUUGAAUGAGCUCAUUCAGGUUGGGGCCACCACUGUACGUUACAAAGGGAGAAACCUACGGAUAAAAGCACCCAUGUGCCGAGCCCUGAAGAAACUCUGUGACCCAGACGGCUUGAGUGAUGAAGAGGACCAGAAGCCAGUGCGUCUGCCCCUGAGAGUCCCUGUAGAGCUGCAGCCGAGGAACAAUCAUGCCUGGGCCCGCGUGCAGAGCCUAGCCCAAAACCCCAGGCUCAGGAUGAUUGUGGAACUCCAUCGGAAGGUCUCCAGCCUCAUUGAAUUCUUAAAGCAGAAGUGGGAGCUCCAUGAAGUGCGAAUUCGAAAGACGCUUGCGGAGCGGCAGCUACAGGAUUCGUUUGUGGAGUCAUCACAGGAGAAAGUGGUGCUGCACCUGUUCCCGGGAGAGAACUGUACACUGACCCCGCUUCCAGGAGUGGCUCGUGUGGUGCACUCCAAGGCCUUCUGCACUGUGCACUGGCAGGAAGGUGGCCGGUGUAAGCAGAGCUCCAAGGAUACCCACACGCUGCCUCCAGCCCAGAUCCUGGGCAUCCAGAGUGGGCAGGGUACAGCCAGGGGCCAGGUGAAGUACCCAAGGGGUGGCACUGAAGGCAAGGGUGGGGGGCGGCCUCCUCCUGCCACAGACGCUUCCCAGAGCUCUGGAGAGAGUUCCCCUGAAAGUGCCCCUGGGGAGGGGGCUGCCCUAAGCCUCAGUAGCCCGAAUGCUCCCGACAGGCUUCCCCCUGGGCUCCAAGACACUGGGGUACGGCUUGAGAAGACUCCUAUGGCAGCUCCUGUAGAGGGCGGAGACGGCCCAGUCCAAGAGCCCGGGGCUGUGAUAUGUGCCUGUGGCCAGCUCCCAGAGCUGGAGGAUGAGCUCUCUCUCCUGGACCCCUUCCCCCGCUACAUGAAGUCCUGCCAGGACCUCAUCAUCCCUGAGCCAUGCCACUGCGUAGACUCUCAGCCCUCAGCAUGCGUUUCCCCAGAGAUUCACACUCCUAGCAGCGCAGAGGCGGCUGACCUUGCCCGGGCCAGAGCACCAUCCCCCGUCCGCAGCCUUCCUGGCCUGGAGCCUCAGCCCAGCCCAGCGCCUCAGCCAGAUGUUUGCACUAAAGACUCAGUAGAUGCUCCUUCAGAGGAACCCCAGGAGAAGGCAAGCCCCUUGGACCCCCCGCCACUUCAGGGACAGCCUUCUGUUAAGCCCCUGAAGGACAUCCCUCCCAGCCGCCUGGCCCAGCAGCUCCGAGAGGAGGGCUGGAACCUGCAGACCUCCGAGAGCCUGACACUGGCCGAAGUCUACCUCAUGAUGGGAAAGCCAAGCAAGCUGCAGCUGGAGUACGACUGGCUGGCUGUGCUGGGUCCCCAGGGCCAGGCCCCCAGUGGCUCCCCGCCUGCCUCCUUCCAUAAGCAGCGCCUCCUCAGUUGCCUCCUGAAGCUCAUCUCCACUGAAGUCAACCCCAGGCUGGCUCCGGAAUCGAAUGCCAGCUCUAUGGCCUCAGUGAGGCCUGCCCAGGAGGAGCAGUUGACAACUCCCCCCGGGAAAGUGGUGAACAUCAGCUCCCGGAGCCCCCGCUGCCCUCGAAACCAGUCUGCCCUUCGCAGCAGCAAGACCUUCUCUCCCAGCUCUGCGCCUUGUCCCUCCUCAGGUUUGAGAAACCCUCCAAGACCCCUCUUGGUGGCUGGUCCCUCCAGUACAGGAAGCAGUGACUCAGAUGGUGGCCUUUUUGCUGUCCCAACAACUUUGCCACCCAACAGCCGACACGGGAAGCUCUUCUCUCCCAAUAAAGAGACAGAAUUGACUUUCCUUCAGCAUCUGAACUCCAUCAGCAUGCAGUCGGAUUUCUUCUUGCCAAAGCCCCGGAAAUUGCAGAACCGGCACCUUCGGAAGCCACUGGUGGUCCAGAGAACCCUGCUUCCUAGACCAUCUGAAAACCAGUCCCACAAUGUCUGCUCCUUCUCUAUCAUGUCAAAUUCCUCCAUAACUGGGAGAGGAUCAUUCCGGCCCAUCCAGUCCUCCCUGACCAAAGCAGCUCUGUCCCGGCCAAUCAUGCCCAAGGUCCUUCCGCCCCAGGCCACAGGCCACCUGGCCAGUGCUGUUGACUUAGCAGCUACAAGUGCUGGCAUUAUCCCUGGGAGCCCCCUCCCCGUCUUGGAUGCCGAGGGCUUGUCUGGCAUCUCUCCACUGUCUGCAGAUGAGACGACAGCUACCCUCUCGGGUCACAACUCCACUGGCACCCACCAAAAUGGAGACCCCAUCCCUGCCGUGGGGAGUACAAGCGAUCCAUUUAUCAGCAUCCCUCCAAGGCCUGAGCAGGAGCCAAUGACAGACGAUUUCCAGGGUUCGCCUGUCCUCUCCUUAUCAGAGCUGUCCAAGGCUCCUCUGCACAAUGGACUUUCCACCUCGCCCUUGGCAGAGGGCUCCAGCACUCGGCUCUCUCCACCUAAUGUUUCUGCUCUGCUGGAUAUCUCCCUGCCUGGCCCACCUGAGGAUGUGCUCUCGCAGGGAGAGCCUGCCACUCAGAUCAGCGACUCGAUCAUCGAGAUUGCCAUCAGCUCUGGCCAGUAUGGUGAAGGAGUCCCUCUUUCUCCAGCAAAACUAAAUGGCAGUGACAGUUCCAAGAGUCUCCCCUCCCCAUCCAGCAGCCCCCAGCCAGACUGGAUUGCCUCACCCACCCAUGACCCCCAGUGGUGCCCCAGCGACCCCACGGACUCAUCCCUCAGCAGCUUGUUUGCAAGUUUCAUCUCCUCGGAUAAGGGCCGGAAGAUGCUGCCAACUCCCGUGGGGACCCACAGUGGCACCUCCCUGCUGGGCCCCAGCCUGCUAGAUGGAAACUCAAGAGACUCGUUUGUGUCCAGGUCCUUGGCCGAUGUGGCAGAGGUCGUGGAUUCCCAGCUGGUGUGCAUGAUGAACGAAAACAGCGUUGACUACAUAUCUCGGUUCAACGACUUGGCCCAGGAGCUGUCCAUUGCUGAGCCCGGUCGCCGAGAAGCUCUGUUUGAUGGCAGUGGAGGUGCAGCCCCUGUCAGCGACCUAUCCCAGUGAAUGUAUCUCGUAGUGGGGGCAUCCUAGAGACAUCAUAGGAGGGCUCACAGGGCUAGUGGUCCUCAACUGUGGUAGGUAUAGCCCUCUUCAGACUAGAAAAACACAAACCAAGCCCAGGACCCCUAGAAGACGGUCAGAAUCGAGACACCUCUGCACUCCAGAAUAUGCAAAAUGCUGGAAGUCAUGUCCCAACAGGCAUAGGGCAGUAGUGGCCUGGGAGAUGAGGCCGAGUUCUGGAAGGGUCGGUGUCAGACAUUACUGUGGCCUUGGAGCGGUUCUUCGUUCUUCACCAGUUGCAGGAUUUCACAUUGGGGUCU